UCAGCUGACAGCGCUUCGGGAGGAAGGAAGGACAGGCAGACAUCUUGAUUCGAAAGGGAGGGUUGUGUGUGGUCAAGUGAACGUACACACGAAGGGACACUAAAUACCGCAACUCGGGAGGAAGAAGUGACUUCGUAGGAGGGAACGUAUUGCGAGGUGUCUGGGAUCACCAUGGUCUGUGACGACUGAGACUGCACCGCCAUGAUCGGAGGACUGUUUAUCUACAACCACAAGGGGGAGGUGCUGAUCUCCCGGGUGUACCGCGAUGACAUAGGGCGCAACGCGGUGGACGCGUUCCGCGUGAACGUGAUCCACGCCCGGCAGCAGGUGCGUUCGCCCGUCACCAACAUCGCCCGCACCAGCUUCUUCCACGUCAAGCGCUCCAACAUCUGGCUGGCGGCCGUCACCAAGCAGAACGUCAACGCCGCCAUGGUCUUCGAGUUCCUCUACAAGAUGUGCGACGUGAUGGCCGCCUACUUCGGCAAGAUCAGCGAGGAGAACAUCAAGAACAACUUCGUGCUCAUCUACGAGCUGCUGGACGAGAUCCUGGACUUUGGGUACCCGCAGAACUCUGAGACGGGGGCUCUGAAGACCUUCAUCACUCAGCAGGGCAUCAAGAGCCAGCACCAGACGAAGGAGGAGCAGUCGCAGAUCACCAGUCAGGUGACCGGGCAGAUCGGCUGGCGCCGCGAGGGCAUCAAGUACCGGCGGAACGAGCUCUUCCUGGACGUGCUGGAAAGCGUCAACCUGCUCAUGUCCCCGCAAGGGCAGGUGCUGAGCGCCCACGUCUCUGGCCGGGUGGUGAUGAAGAGCUACCUGAGCGGGAUGCCCGAGUGCAAGUUCGGCAUGAACGACAAGAUCGUCAUCGACAAGCAGGGGAAGGGCGGAGCUGUGGACGAGGCGGGGAAGAGUGAUUUGGGGGGAAGCAGUGGGAAGCAGUCCAUAGCAAUCGACGACUGCACCUUCCACCAGUGCGUGCGCCUCAGCAAGUUCGACUCUGAGCGAAGCAUCAGCUUCAUCCCCCCUGACGGGGAGUACGAGCUCAUGAGAUACCGCACCACUAAGGACAUCAUCCUGCCCUUCCGGGUCAUUCCGCUGGUGAGGGAGGUCGGCCGCACCAAGCUGGAGGUCAAAGUGGUCAUCAAGUCCAACUUCAAGCCGUCACUGCUGGCGCAGAAGAUCGAGGUGCGUAUCCCAACGCCCCUCAACACCAGUGGUGUGCAGGUGAUCUGUAUGAAGGGCAAAGCGAAGUACAAGGCCAGCGAGAACGCCAUCGUGUGGAAGAUUAAGCGGAUGGCCGGGAUGAAGGAGUCCCAGAUCAGCGCCGAGAUCGAGCUGCUCCCCACCAACGACAAGAAGAAGUGGGCGCGCCCCCCCAUCUCCAUGAACUUUGAGGUGCCCUUCGCUCCCUCGGGGCUCAAGGUGCGCUACCUGAAGGUCUUCGAGCCCAAGCUGAACUACAGCGACCACGACGUCAUCAAGUGGGUGCGCUACAUCGGGCGCAGCGGCAUCUACGAGACGCGCUGCUAACGGACCCCACCCUGCCGCGGCGCGCGGCUGGCUGGCGGGCGGGCG